CUUCCAUCGUACCCCUCUGCCUGUGCCUAAUACACCUCGGCGGUUCCUCUUCCUUUGCCAUCAUACCGUACCGAACACCCCGGGUCCUGAUUCCGCGUCUCCGGUUCAUAACGGCGGAGCCCGCUGGCCCCCUAUCGGCAUACAAUUGGACUUACAUUCGGGAACGACGCAUUUCCGUCUUGCCUGUAGUUGGAAAGCAGGGUAAAGCAACCCGUUUGUGCCAUUAAGAAAGAAAUACUAAAUAUUUAUCAAAUGUUGCAAGAAACUUUAAUCCUAAACUAUCGAGGCAAAAUUGCGACUGUUAAUCUGCGCCUAUUUGUCUCAAAACGUAUCAAACGCAUUCCAAAAAAACCAACGGAUGACACGACUUCGCCGAAUUUAAGUUUCAGGUCAUUGCUCGCUGAUACACAGCGAGACUACAACUCCCAGCAUGACUUUCGCCGUGUGCAGUCCCGUGAUUGGCCAGUUCGUGACACAGGAAGUGCGGAUGUAAACAUGGGACGCUACUUUGUUUCUAUGGUAAUAGAUAGUGUCCUGCAGCAUGCGUCGUGUUGUAAACCAUAAACAUAGUAUUAGGAAUACAAUUGAUUCACGGAGCACACAUUAUAAGGUAGCUGCGGUUAAAUUUAUCAUCCAGGAAAAAGCCGUAAUAACUGGUUAAUCGCGGAAUAGUUUGCUGGCUACUCAUGGCUUCAAGCACAAACGCGUCUUUCAGUUAUUGUCGGUAAUGUGAGGCGCGAGGAUGGCUGAGAUGGUGCUGGGUGUCGGUACAGGCGUGUUCAUCGUCGCUUUAGUCUGGAUCGUGACUCUCGCGCUCAGUAUUAUUCUGUCGCGUGCAACCGGUCCAACAAAGUUAGGGAUCGUCCCUAUAUUUCUUCUGGCGCUCACCAUCACACUGGUCUUGGUGUUCUUCCCGCGUGCCACUGAAGUUCCUUCCACCGAAAGAGAAUUUGAGAUAGUGGAUACGUUCUUCAUCGGCCGGUACGUGCUGCUGUCCUUGGUGAGCGUUGUUUUCUUGGCAGGCCUUUUCAUGUUGCUGCCCUUACAUUUCCUGGAGCCCGUGUACGCCAAGCCCUUGAGAACACACUAGACCAUGAGCCUACAUGUGCCAAACUCUUACAGAUGCCCCAAAGCAGGGCAUUCAGCCUGGCAGAGGCAUCGAGAUGAGAGGGACCAGCAGCGGGUUCCAAAGCUUUUGUCCUCCUGCCCUAAUCAGACAUGUCCACAUCUCUUCGAGAAUCUGAGAGCCUGGCACAGAGGGGUCAGAGUAGAGCGUAUUCAAUGGCAGUUUUUUUAAAAGGAUGUGGUCGUGUAGUUUUAUUGUCCAGUUUUAAUACGUAUUGAUGUAAAUUGGUGUCGUAUAAAUGCAUACUGCUCAUAUUUGUACAUAUUUUUUGUCUUCAUCAACACCUCAAUUUCAAAUUGAGGUGUUGCACUGUUUGCAAUUUUGUUGUAAUGAAGUGUUUUUUACAAUACAUUAAACAAUUUAUUUUUGUG